AAAAAUCAAAACGAGACCAGACCGAAUCAGUACCCCCUCAAUUCCGUUCGCAAAUCCUAGCCCGGCUUGGAUAUCUGUACCCGCCGGCUUCGCCAUUAUUUCAGUGCAAAACCGGCAACAAUACCGGACAUAAACCAGGCCACCCUCACUCUGCAAACCAGUGAGCUUGUAACUGACCUACUGUCUGCUCGCGGUUCUUCUUUUAUAUUGUUCUGUUGGUAGAACAGAGAUAGAGAUGCAAGAAGAAUCGUUAAGAAGCAACGAUGCUAGGGUUAAUGUUUCGACCUUCGAUUAUUCGGUGGAGAAUCAUUUAAAUGUGAUGGACAAAAUUUCUAAGCUGUGUGGAGAAGGGGACUUUGAUCAUCUUGAUGAAAGUGAAAUCCAGCGGUUAUCUUCCUCAAUAACUUUCUUGAGAGAAUGGAAGCAUUAUACUUACAAACCAAGAAAUGUUAGUUUUGCUUGUGAAGUGGGAAGCAGCUCAGUCGACAAGGAAGUUGUCAAUGACGUUCUCUUACCUCAAUUUUCUUCCGCAACUGUUGUUAAUAGUAAGAGUCCAUCUGGGAAUGCUUCAUCUCUAGAAUCCAGCAAAGACUUUGUGAUGUAUGUUGGAGGAUCUGUUUGGGCAUUGGAUUGGUGCCCUAGAGUUCAUGAAUUACCUGAUGAUCAUAUGAGAUGUGAGUUUGUUGCGGUUGCUGCACAUCCACCUGACUCUUACUAUCACAAGAUGGGUGUUCCACAAAUAGGAAGGGGCAUUGUUCAAAUAUGGUCUAUUGUAAAUGUCAGCAGUAAUGAAGCUGAGGUGCUUCCGCCGAAGAAAAAUCUAAAACAGAGAUCCAAAAAGAAUGAAUCUGCAGAAGGGGAAUCAACUCAAUUAAAGAGGCCAAGAGGACGGCCUAGGAAGAAAUCAAUAGAGGAAUAUCUUGACAAUGAUGCCACAAAGGGCAAACCAGAACAACCUAAGAGGCCAAGAGGAAGACCGAGAAAGAAGCCAGUUGGCGAAUCCCUUGAUAAUUUGGAUGACAACAAUCAACUUUCUCAAGCUGCUGCUAUUCAAAACCCUGAAGAUACUUUAAUUCCAAUUGCUAUAGAAGAUGCUUCUAUGCAUACAGAAGAGAAUUCUUUACCAGAUAAGCAAGAUAAAAGAAAACAAGAAACAUCAUCUUUAAGUAAUUCAGCUGUUAAACUUCCAAUACGGAGCAGAAAAUUAAGAAGCAAGGCAAGGGCAGAGAGUGGCAGUGAUACAGAAGUUUUGGGUCAAAAUGAAAGUAUGGAAACUCCUAGUCUGAAUACUCAAGGACAUUUUAGCACCGGACCAGACUCUUUUGUGUCUGAAAAUCUGUUAAAUGGUUGUUCAUCAGAUGCUGGUUUAUCUUCUGUUCUAUCCCAGAGGAGAUUGCUCUUCAAAGGA